AGCAGGCUGGAGAGACACCGCUGUCUCAGUGAAGUAUUGAUACAGUGCACGCGCCGCUAGGAAAUUCUGGUCUAUAUUUAAAACUCAUUUGGAUCUCAGUUAAGAGUCUCCAGCAUCAUCUCCGACUAGCAGCAUGGCCAGUCAAAAUGCCCUUUUUGGCAUGGGAAAUCCCCUACUUGACAUCUGUGCUGUGGUGGACAAGGAUUUCCUUGACAAGUAUGGCCUCAAGCCCAAUGACCAGAUUUUGGCAGAAGACAAACACAAGGAAAUGUUUGAAGAGAUGGUCAAGAAAUUCAAAGUUGAGUACCAUGCAGGCGGCGCCACCCAGAACUCUGUGAAAGUUGCCCAGUGGAUGAUCCAAAAGCCCCACAAAGUGGCCACUUUCUUUGGCUGUAUAGGAAAGGAUAGGUUUGGAGAGAUCCUGAAGGAGAAGGCUGAAGAGUCCUAUGUGGAUGCCCACUACUAUGAGCAGAGUGAGGAGCCUACAGGGACCUGUGCUGCCUGCAUCACCGGCGACAACAGGUCUCUUGUUGCUAAUCUGGCAGCUGCCAACUGCUAUAAGAAGGACAAACAUCUGGACUUGGAGGAGAACUGGAAGCUGGUAGAAAAAGCAAAGGUCUACUACAUUGCUGGUUUCUUCUUGACUGUGUCUUUGGAGUCAAUCUUGAAGGUGGCGAAGCAUGCUUCUGAUAACAAUAAGAUCUUCAGCCUGAACCUCUCCGCUCCCUUCAUCUGCCAGGCUUUUAAGGAGUCCCUUAUGAAGGUCAUGCCCUACGUGGACAUCUUGUUCGGCAACGAGACAGAGGCUGCCACGUUUGCGCGGGAGCAGGGCUUCGAGACAAAAGACAUUGAGGAGAUUGCCAAGAAGGCCCAAAACCUACCCAAGGUGAACAAGAAAAGACAGAGAAUUGCGGUUUUCACCCAAGGCAAGGAAGGCACUGUAAUGACCAAAGGUGACAAGGUAGAGACAUUCCCUGUCAUACAGACUGACCAGAGCGACAUUGUGGACACUAAUGGAGCUGGAGAUGCCUUUGUGGGAGGCUUCCUGUCUGAGCUGGUGCAGGAUAAGUCUCUGGAGCAGUGUAUCCGUGCUGGACACUAUGCUGCUAACGUCAUCAUUAGGCAAGCAGGCUGUACGUUUCCAGAGAAGCCCGACUUCCACUGAAAAUGACAAGUGGACUUCUUCACCCCAGUGUUAAACAGGACUGAUGCCUUUCUAUUCUUUUUAUAAUUUACUUUUUACCCUUGUUUAUUCCACUCCUCCUUCCCUUCUUGCAUUCAGACUUCUGUGCCUCUGCUACAUAGUAGCCAGUCCCACUUCAUGAUGUAUUCAUGCGAACAUUUUACUUAAUAACAAACUUCUGUUUACAACAUUCGCAACCCAGUGCUGCUAUAAAUAGCAGUUUGUUUUUACUAAAAUUUGUUUUAGGUUCUUUUUCUGUCCCCUGUAAUGAAAACGUUUGCAGAAGUCAUUUGUAAUGGUAAUAACCAGCUUCUUUCCAGACGAUAUUUUAUUUGAGUUGUACCAAAUGUCUAGAUUUUAACACUUGCCAGAAAAGCAGCACCUUAAUGACUCGUGCUGUUUUGAACUGUAGGGGUAAUUUCAUUUCAGUUUUUAAAGGCCAGUCUUCUCUAAAAAGCCAAACAGUUUUGUGAGAUAUUCAUUUUUAACUAUAUAAUAAUGUACAAGAACAAGAAAACCUCUGCACGCAUGUGUGUGUGUGUAUGUGUGUUAUGUAGAGUGUCUGCAUUUUGCAAUAUAAAUGCACUGCCUCUACUGACAACAUUAAAAAGUUCAUCCCCUCCUACAA